UAAAGACAUUCUACCACACCGAAAUAAUCAGUGUAUAAUACACGUUGGAUAUUAAGCUUUACAAACUUUCUCAUGAAAAUAUGAGCCUGCUACUUAGAGCUUUAAAUCAAGCACAUAAGAUACCACAAAUUCACGUUUGUUGUUCCAGUUCUGCAUCAGUCAGGUCACCUUUGAGAACUAGUCAAGAGAGAACAGGGCACUUAAAGUGGCUGUGUGCUUCAUCACCCGACGUGUUGGAGAGUGUGAGGGGACAGGUGGAGGUAUGGGAGAACUUCAUCACCGAAGAAGAGGAGCAGGCGUUCCUCAAAGAAUUAGAACCGGGACUUAAGAAAAAACGCUACGAAUUCGACCACUGGGAUAAUGCCAUCCACGGUUUCAGAGAGACAGAGCGUAUUCAGUGGGGAGCUGUUUGUCAGGGGGCACUGAACAGGCUGCGUGCCGUCGCGUUCCCUGAGGGUAGUCAGUUACUUGGACCCGUUCACGUCCUGGACCUGGACAAGACGGGCUACAUCAAACCUCACAUCGACAGCGUAAAGUUCUGCGGUAGCACAAUAUCCGGGCUCAGUUUGUUGUCUGACAGCGUAAUGCGACUAGUCCGAGAAGAUAAUGUUGCUGAUUGGGUGAAUUUGCUUCUGACGCGCCGUUCUCUCUACAUUCUCAGGAAUGAGGCCAGGUUUAAAUAUACACACGAGAUUUUGAAAGAUGGCGAGUCGUACUUCUCAGGGCAAAGAGUUCCUCGCCAACGUCGCAUCUCCGUCAUCUGCCGGAAUCUUCCGGCCUGAGUCCGCAGUUUAAAAUACUGAGACUGCGCCUCUUCGGCGGGGGGGGGGGGGCAUUCUCAGUGAUAGAUGCCAACAGAAAUAAGCCGUGGUAUGUUAUGCGUGCAGAAUAUAGCCUUUCAUUAUCUCUGUAAAACUAGUUCUGAAUGGCAAAUUUGUAUUUUGAAGCCACGUCAAAAAUACAGUGUACAUUUUUCAUGCUCUGUCUAAACAUGGAAAACAGCACUUUACAAAUGCUCCUCUGCAAAGUGGACACUUUUAUUUUGAAGUUUGAGUAUGAAGGUUUGAAGAUGAGCUGAAAGACUCGACCCACACAAUUAAAUUUGACUGUGAACCAACAUGACUGCUUGACUGUCAUGUUAAGUUGAA